CUGUGAAAUUUCAAGAGGAGUCCCAAUAUUUGAAACUUGGAGAACAACAACAAAAAGAAUGAGUGCUCCUUUGGUAAACACUCCACAGGGUUUGUUAACCUUCAAUGAUGUGUCUUUGAACUUCUCACUGGAGGAAUGGGAAUGUCUCAAUUUUGCUCAACGGUCAUUGUACAUAGAUGUAAUGUUGGAGAAUUUCAACAAUCUAUUGUUUUUGGAAAAUCAUCUCAUACAUGGAAGACAUCUGAAGGUCUUAGAUCAAGACACAGAGUGCAAUGUCCAUGAACAUGUGAAUAUGCAAGAGAAGUCUUAUAAAUGUAAUGAGCUCAGCAAAAUGAUUAAUGAAUCCACCCAAAGUACACCUGAUAAAACUAACCACAGAGAUGCCUCACUUCAAUCCUCAACCCUGAAAAGACUUAAAAUUGAGAAAACCAGAGAAGUUUCCAAAUAUAAAGACUGUAUCAAGUAUUUAAAUGAGUGCUCUAUAAAUAAUCUAAAUCAAGGAAUACACAUAGGGAAGAAAGAAAACAACAAUCCAGAAUUUGAUAAGGGUUUUGUAUCUAAACAUAAACUGAUGCUGAAACCAAACAAUAAUGGUAAGAAGUUUUACAAAUGUAGUCAAUGUGACAGAUGCUUUACUCAAAGAGGCAUUCUUAGAAUUCAUCAUAGAAUUCAUACAGGAGAGAAACCUUACAAAUGCAGUGACUGUGACAAAUGCUUUACCCAAAAAUGCAGUCUGGAAUGUCAUCAGCGAAUUCAUACAGGAGAGAAACCUUACAAAUGCAGUGAAUGUGACAAAUGCUUUACCCAAAAAUGCAGUCUUGAUUGUCAUCAGCGAAUUCAUACUGGAGAGAAACCUUACAAAUGCAGUGAAUGUGACAAAUGCUUUACCCAAAAAUGCAGUCUUGAUAGUCAUCAGCGAAUUCAUACUGGAGAGAAACCUUACAAAUGCAGUGAAUGUGACAAAUGCUUUACUGUCAAAAGUAGACUUAGAAUUCAUCAGAAAAUUCAUACAGAAGAGAGACCAUACGAAUGCAGUGAAUGUGACAAAUGCUUUACUCAUAAAUGCACUCUCCAUAGACAUCAGAGAAUUCAUACAGGAGAGAAACCUUACAAAUGCAGUGAAUGUGACAAAUGCUUUACCGGACAAUCUUAUCUUAGGAUUCAUCAGAGAAUUCAUACAGGAGAGAAACCUUACAAAUGCAGUGAAUGUGACAAAUGCUUUACCGGACAAUCCUAUCUUAGGAUUCAUCAGAGAAUUCAUACAGGAGAGAAACCUUACAAAUGCAGUGAAUGUGACAAAUGCUUUACCCAAAAAUGCAGUCUUGAUAGUCAUCAGCGAAUUCAUACUGGAGACAAACCUUACAAAUGCAGUGAAUGUGACAAAUGCUUUACUGUCAAAAGUACUCUUAGAAUUCAUCAGAAAAUUCAUACAGGAGAGAAACCUUACAAAUGCAGUGAAUGUGACAAAUGCUUUACUGUCAAAAGUAGACUUAGAAUUCAUCAGAAAAUUCAUACAGGAGAGAAACCUUACAAAUGCAGUGAAUGUGACAAAUGCUUUACCCAAAAAUGCACUCUCCAUAGUCAUCAGAGAAUUCAUACAGGAGAGAAACCUUACAAAUGCAGUGAAUGUGACAAAUGCUUUACUUGA